AUGUGACAGCCGCCUUGACGUCAGCUGGAGGCAGAGCCUGCGGUUUCGGCCGCGCAGUCAAAGCCUUGUGAGAACCCGGUGGAUGCUGGAUUUAUCCCUGCCGCCACCGCCGCUGCCGCCGCUGCCGUUUCUCAGGGGCUGCCAGAGCAUGGACUAUUAAAAACUUGCAUUUCUGCAGUGUGAGGUAACCAUUUGCUUUAUGUUCUCAUCAGGUAAUAUUUUGGCACCAACAUGGGAAAGCAAAACAGCAAACUACGCCCUGAAGUCAUGCAGGAUUUGCUAGAAAGUACAGACUUUACAGAACACGAGAUCCAGGAGUGGUACAAAGGCUUCUUGAGAGACUGUCCAAGUGGACAUUUAUCUAUGGAGGAGUUUAAAAAAAUAUAUGGGAACUUUUUCCCUUAUGGGGACGCUUCUAAGUUUGCGGAACACGUAUUCCGCACUUUUGACGCCAAUGGAGAUGGAACAAUAGAUUUCAGAGAAUUCAUCAUAGCCUUGAGCGUAACGUCAAGAGGGAAACUGGAGCAAAAGCUGAAGUGGGCAUUCAGCAUGUAUGACCUGGACGGGAAUGGCUACAUCAGCAAGGCAGAGAUGCUGGAAAUCGUGCAGGCGAUCUAUAAGAUGGUUUCAUCUGUAAUGAAGAUGCCGGAAGAUGAGUCGACACCAGAGAAGAGGACAGAGAAGAUCUUCCGCCAGAUGGACACCAACCGUGAUGGAAAGCUUUCUCUGGAGGAGUUCAUUCGAGGCGCCAAGAGCGAUCCAUCCAUAGUCCGUCUCCUGCAGUGUGAUCCCAGCAGCGCCGGGCAGUUCUGAACACAUUUUUGGAUGAAUUCUGUAUCUGCUUUCUUUUUCCUUGCCAAACAACAUUCAUGGUAGUGUUGCCUCUGUAUGGCCAAUUAUGCCUUCAUUUGUGGCAUCUUAUAGCUUCUUUUGUUGUGGAUUAAUUAUAAGAAUGCUGAAUUGCUCUUAACAAGUUGUCCAGAGCACGGGCAGUACUGUUUUAAACAGAUAUUGUGGUGUUAUAAUUGUUUUAAAGAUUUCAUUUUGGUUUUUUGUUUUAACGUGUCUGUUUUGGAAAGUACACGUUGAGAAGGAGUAAACCAACAACAAAGCCCUUGGCAGCAAGACACACUGACAGAUUUUAGAUUCCUGCUUUAGUCACUAAGUAUUCACCUGCAGGACCCGAAAGCAUAGUAGAGGUUGAACCAAAGGGGUUGUGAUGGGUUGGGUAGGAUUCACCUGGAACCUCCUCCUCUCCUGUUCAGGAGGUACCAGUUGAGGUCAAAGACAGGAUCAGGAGGAAGUACGAAAGUGCAAAUCAUGUGCGAGGUGUAUCGCCUGCAACCCUGCUCCAAUGCCUCGUUUCAAUGCUGUGAACAUUUUCCAGGUUGUGAAGGAGAAGGGGCAAAAACAAAGGUUGACUUUUGUUUUACUAGGUUUACAGUGGUUGAUUUCACACGGCUUUAUCUGAAAAUUCAGCAAUCUGCAAUCCUGAUCCCCAAAUCCACAACUGAUGAUACCUCUUGCCGUUUGGGAUCAGCAAAGGCAGACACACAAUACAGAAAACUGGGUCUUGACAAUGAAUUUAAGGGAGAUACAUGUUGAAUGUGAAAUUUUCAGGUUAGUAAUAAAGCAGUUUCUACUAAGGAGAGUUGGCAUUCAUGUGAGGAAGUCACAGACACCUGCAAGCAGAUGCAGCUGAGGCACAUCUGCUGUCCUGAAUGCUCUUGCAUAGUAUGAAGUUUUGGGGGUGUUUUUGUCUCUCUCCAUGUAGCUAAUAGAGUUUCUGGGCCUGCUCUUAGGGGAAGGCUGUCAUCAAAACUUAUUUUAAACAUAAAAUUGUAACAUUUAUAUUUCAUUUAUUUAGUAAAGUUCAAAACAUCUGUACUGAAACAAGGAAAUGGUACGCUUUAUGGUAUAUUUAUAUAUAUAAAAUUAAAACAAAAAAUA